CUACAUCCGGGUAACGACGGUGGUGACCUUGGUUGAACGAGCAUCAUGGCGUCUGUGGUCAGGUUAAGUUGUGUAUGUCGCAGAGGAUUUAAACCUCUGUUUUAUCAAAGCACUUUGUUGCCCAGACCGCUGGCCAUACCUCAUAAAUACCAGGAGCAACCCCACCUGCUGACAGCGAGGAUCCAUGCGUCACAAGCUCUUUACGCAGGCCCUGGCUCUAAAGCCGCCUCCCUGCACUGGACAGCAGAGCGAGUGCUGAGCAUCCUGUUGCUGUCCAUGGGACCUGUCGCCUAUUUUAACCCUGGUCCAGUCAUUGACUAUUCUUUGGCUGCUGCCUUGACACUGCAUGGCCACUGGGGCCUCGGCCAGGUGCUGACAGACUACGUUCAUGGCGAAUCAAAGAUCAAGGCGGCCAAAGCAAGCCUCUUCCUCCUGUCCACUGUCACGUUCGCCGGCCUCUGCUACUUUAACUAUAACGACGUUGGCAUCUGUAAAGCCGUCGCUCUGCUCUGGAGCAAAUGAACUGGAAUGGAAAGUUGAGACUCGACCCGGACGCCGGGACACGAGAGAUCGUCUCGGCUGACUGUAAAAACAUUUAAGAUGUUCCAUGUUUAUUCUUCGAAAUAUAUCAUGUUGACGAUGUGUGUAUAAUUGGGAUUCGUGUUGAUCAGUUCAGGCUUCAGGUGCUUUUGCAUUCUCACUACGUAUUACAUAUGUCGCUACUUAAAAGAAAUCUGCAAUCAUGCGAUAUCUACUUGUCUGAUUUGUAACUGUUAGGGUGGAUGCGCAUGUUUCCAACAAACACCGUCUCAUUUCCAUUCUUCUUUUCAUGUACAGGGGCUGUUGGUGGCUAAUGUCUUAACUGUAUUUUGUUGUAAUCACGGCGUGCACAUGUUUAAUAACAGGAGAGCACUUCAGAUUCUAGCUUUGCCUUCAUCUCCGCGGUUAGAACUCGCCCACAUGGUCCAUGUUUCUCUUCCUGCCAUACUGACAGCAGCAAGUGCUUUUUACAGCCUUUGUGGAAGCGCUGAGUCCAGUGAGCCGGAGUGAGGAGCAGGGAGAGCACACUUGUAUUAUUAGCCUUUUUGCUGCUCUACUAAGUUAGGACGGCCUGAUCCUAACCACCUCACUGAGUCAAGCCAUCCAUUAAGUGAUGAUAAUCACAAAACAGGUCCAGUGUAUAAAUUUUUUGGGGGGGGUCUAGCAAUAGAAAUUGAAUACAGUAUUGAAAAUUAUUUAUUCCCUUCUGAAAAUUAAGAAAUAUUGGAUUGUGCCAUUUAUAUUCGCGGGCACUCCCACAUGCUUGCUGUGUAACACUUAAUCGAGGGCGAGCCUGUUAUUGUUGGGGCACAUAAACAUGUUGGUAUAUAUUUGCAUGAUGUGUUUUCAUUGGUCGACACUCAUCCUGCUUCAUGGAGAGUUUUUCAUUUUUCACCCUCUGACGCACAGAACACAAGUUAACAUGUGGUAAAACGCAGUUUUGACAACGCUUUUAAUUAUAUUUAGUGAAGAAGCUGAAGGAACAAAAUGAACAUAAGAACUUAUUUAUUAAAAAUAAAACAAAGAAAAAACCUGAAACAUUAAUUAUCAAAAUAGAUUAUCAAUGGGAUAUGAUUAAUCAAUGCAACCCUACCAUGUAUUUGUACACGACUUGAUCAUCAGCCAUGAAGUCUGCCAUGUUUGUACAUUAGCCCAGGAUGGAGAAAUAAAAAAAGUGGCUCCAAA